GGUCUGUCGCCAGCGGUCCUUCUUUGACCAUGUCUCUACAGGCUGAUUUUGAUAGAGUCGCAGGAGACGUGAGGAAACUGAAGGCCAAGCCCAAGGACGAAGAACUGAAAGAAAUCUAUGGGCUCUACAAGCAAUCUGUCGUUGGAGACGUUAACAUUGAAUGUCCGGGACCAUUGGAUUUAAAGGGCCAGGCAAAAUGGCAAGCCUGGAGCACCCACAAAGGGUUGUCAAAGGAAGAUGCUAUGAGGGCCUACAUCUCUAAAGCCAGAGAACUGAUCGAGAAAUAUGGAAUCUAAAAUUCAGCAGAUGAGAACUUCUCUGUGGAAGCCUUCAUAAUGGUAUCAGGGCCUGACACAGAGAGAAGAAAUGAACUGUUAACUUUUCAUGCAGCCUGUGUGUUUUUUUUGCUAAUUAACAUGACUUGUAAUGCUGAAUUAAAAGCAUGCUGAGAUGAUAUUUAAUUACAAGUUAAACUUGCGUCAAUUAGGUGCUCUGUUGAGUUCUUUUAAAACAAUGGUCGCUCUGGUAGUAUGCACCAAAGCAUCGUUUGCUCUUUUGGCUCUUCUCUUUCUCUAGAAUGAGUUGGUAUUACUGGUCCAAUAACAACAGAACCAAUAACCUGUUAAAUCUCUUACACCUUGUCUCUCUGGGGUCCACACUGAAAGAGAGAGGGGCUUUGGAGUCACAGACAUUUCUAGUCUCCACUCUUAUUCUGUGAUUUACAUACUAGGGGACCUGGGCCAAGCUAUGUAACCUGACUCCAAGCACCGUCUGUAGAUUCUCUCUCUCUCUCUCUCAAUGCCA